UGUACUGAGAGACCGAUAAAAGUAAAAUGGCGUCUGCAGGAGAAGAAGCGGUUUCGCCCAGCAACAUUGUAUUUGAGGAAAAAGUAGACGGGGAAACAAAGGACUUUACAAACAUUCCACUUGAGGAAAAUCCACAGAAAAAGAAAAAGCAACCUCGCCGUAUCCUACACUUCAGUGAUGGAAUUCUCGAAGAAUAUUCUACGGAUGAAGAGGAAGAAGAGAAAGACAAACCUGAACCCGUGGAUCCUAAAACGUUGUCUUGGCUGCCAUGGUUGUGGUUCUACUUUGUGGCCUUGGCUGUUGGUGCCUUAGCAGUGGCAGAUUACUGUGGAGAAAAACUUGCCUGGUUCUUUGGAAUUACAACUCCUAAAUAUCAGUAUGCAAUAGAUGAAUAUCACAGACUAAGAGAAAUCGAGGAAGAGGAGAGGGCACUGGAAGAAAAAGCAAAAGCAGAAGCUUUAAAGAAGGAAGGGAUUCAACUGGGUGAAAUGGAGGAUGGUGGAGAGAAUAUACAGGUGACCAGUGGUAAGUCAGAGGGGGAUGCCAACCUCUCUGCAGGAGGAGAACCAUGUUGAUUUCAAAAGAAAGACAAAAUGUCAUCUUCAUACGUGCCUUGUUAAAAAUAUGUCCCGUCACAACAUCCCUUUUAAGCUAUCUCUAGACUGUAUGCUGUACAGCGCUUAAGUAUCAUGUAAUGUAGAUGUGAUCUUUGAAGGGUGCAUGGAUUCAAGAGAACAUGCAUGCUGUCCUUGAAAUAUUGACUUGAAAAUAUGGCUCUGUUUUGUGUGCAGAGCAAUGAUCAUCAUCAUUAUUUUCUCACAUCACAUCAUAGGCAGGUGUUUUAAAAGUUAAGGAUUUUUGUAUCAGCUUAAAAUCAUUUUAUAUGUGUUUCCUAAUUAUAAGUUUGUGCUGUAAUUGUUAACUGCAAAAGAGGAAGCAAACAUCGUUUUCACUGUUAAUAUCACAUACACUUUUGAUAUUCUGAUUUUUCUACGCUGUGGUGAUCUUUUUCACUCUGUUGUAAAUCUAAUCAUUAAAUAAUAAUUCAUAUUCCAUCACCAGUGCUGAAUUUACAGUUGCUGCUGUUGUCAUGCAUCCUAUAAGGAUUUUAUCAAACGUUCACCAAAAACAAUUCAGAAAUUUAAAAAAGAAACAAAUUUGAAGUUAAUGUUCUCAUUAGUUUUGCCAAGUAUAUUAUUGAAGAUUUGACAUGUAUUUAUGAAUAUUUGUUUAAUCUGCCCUAAAGUUUAGAAAGCAUACAUGUUCAAGUUGUAGGCCUUUCUUAAAACUAUACUGACAGUGUUAUUCAACAUGUGUGAGGGGAUUUAAAAUUAUAUACUUAACCUUUGUAUAAAAUUAUGACCAAGUGCGAGAAUCUAGGUAUACAUAUAUACUGAGGGAAAAAUUGAAUUGUAAAUAUUGUUAUUGGAGAAAGUUUUGCUUUCCUGCUGGUUGGGGAAUAGAUUUGGUAAUAAAGUAUAUAUAUCAUAUAAUUAAAAAAAAUUGGUAGUUUGUGGUAUUGAAUAGCAUGCCAUCAAUCAAAUUUUUCAGGGCAGAUCAAUUUUAUUUUUCACCAUUGCGUUAAUUUAUUUGUAUUAUUUGGCAUCUUGCUACAGUGGAUUUUAUUUUAGUUCAGUUUGAAUCUCUAUUAUGGGCUUAUUAUGACUUUCAUAUGUAAUUGCAUUUUAUAUUUUUUCAUUUUGAUUUUUGUGUAUAAUAUGUAAUUUUCUGAAACAAUUGUUUAUGACAUGGAAACAGUUCGUGCAAAUUGCUUUUACUUCUUACUUUUAUAAAGGACAUGGAAAAAAGCUUUUGAAUGUUAUUGGUAAUAAAUGUUUACCCUAUGAA